CUCCACCCUCCCAGUUUUGUUCACAGUGGACCUGGUCUGAGUGAGUCCAGACCAGCCUACAGCAGGACCUGCAGGAUCUGAUCAGACCAGGCGCUCAAACAUGGCCAAGUGCUCAGGAUGUGGACCGGGAUACCGCAGCCCGUUGGACGCCAUGAAGGGUCCCCGGGAGGAGAUCGUCUACCUGCCCUGCAUCUACCGCAACACCAACACCCUAAAACCCGACUACCUUGCCACCGUCGACGUCGACCCAAAAUCCCCCACCUUCUGCCAGGUCAUCCACCGUCUGCCAAUGCCGAACCUUCGUGACGAGCUGCAUCACUCUGGCUGGAAUGCUUGCAGCAGCUGCUUCGGUGACGCCUCCAAGAAAAGAAACCGUCUGAUUCUCCCAUCACUCAUCUCCUCCAGAGUCUACGUAGUCGACGUCGGGACGAAUCCCAGAGCACCGCAGAUCCACAAAAUGGUGGAGCCUGUCGACCUGUACUGGAAGUGCGGCCUGGCAAACCCUCACACCACACACUGUCUGGGCAGCGGUCAGAUCAUGAUCAGCUGUAUAGGAGAUCCAUCUGGCAACGGCAAAGGUGGUUUCGCCCUGCUGGACGGUGAGACGUUCGAGGUGAUCGGUAACUGGGAGCAGCCAGGUGAAGCAGUACCCUUUGGAUAUGACUUCUGGUAUCAACCUCGACACAAUGUGAUGAUCAGCACUGAAUGGGGUGCACCCAAAGCUCUGGGUAAUGGUUUUAAUCCUGCCCAUGUCAAAGAGGGACUCUACGGCAGCUCCAUCCAUGUUUGGGACUGGACCACCCACAAGAAGCUGCAGACACUCGAUCUGGGUGAGGAGGGUGCUAUUCCCCUCGAGGUCCGAUUCCUCCAUGACCCCGAUGCCACGGAGGGCUACGUGGGAUGUGCUCUGCGGGGAACAGUCUUCAGAUUCUACAAAACAAAAAAAGGUGACUGGGCUGCAGAGAAGGUGAUCAGUGUUCCCAGUAAGAAGGUCGAGGGAUGGGCACUGCCUGAGAUGCCUGGUUUGAUCACAGACAUCUUGAUCUCAUUGGACGACCGUUAUCUCUACUUCAGUAAUUGGCUCCACGGUGACAUCAGACAGUAUGACAUCACAGACAGGAGGAACCCAAGACUGGUCGGCCAGGUGUUUCUGGGAGGAUGUAUCGUCAGUGAUGGUCCAGUUAAAGUCCUGGAAGAUCCCGAGAAACAGCCGCAGCCCCACCCCCGCUUCAUCAAGGGGAAGCGUGUCCCUGGAGGUCCUCAGAUGCUGCAGUUGAGUUUAGACGGUCGGAGACUUUACGUAACGACGUCUCUCUACAGCGGCUGGGACAAACAGUUCUACCCCGACAUGAUCAAAGAGGGCUCGGUGAUUAUGCAGAUCGAUGUGGACACCGCUAAUGGAGGUCUGACCCUGAAUGAAAACUUCCUGGUGGAUUUCGGUAAAGAACCCGACGGUCCAGUUCUCGCCCACGAGGUUCGAUAUCCCGGAGGAGACUGUACGUCCGACAUCUGGCUGUAGGAUCAUCAAGAGGGGAAAUGUAAAUACUCUCAGUCAGCAUCUGAAGUACAGUCAUCAUUCUAGACCGAUCGAUCAAUGCAGCCUCAGAAAUCACAUUUAAUCACUCCUAAAGGACGAAGUCAGAAAAUGAUGUUUCUGUAUUUAAUUUCACAUUCAGACAAUAUUACACAAUCAAACUGUCUUUGUGGUUGAAGUGCUUUAUAGAUGAUUAGUACUCUGUUAUUAACUAGUCAAAUAUAAACUACAGGACACUACUGCACACAAUUAAACACAAAUUUGAUUAAAAAAACCAAUAAAAACACAUAAAACAGGAGUCGACAACCUGCGUCUCUUCAGCUCCUCUCCAGUGACCCCCUGUGGCUCUGACAAGAAAUCACAUGCAUACGUCUACAGCCUGAUGCCUUCUCCUCUUAAUUUUGCAGAACCUCAUUAGCAAUGGCAAAUUUUGAGUCUCUCUAUAGACUCCAAAUCCAAAAAAGGAAAAGUCUCAGAGGAAAAUCGACAAUUUAAUAAUGCAUGAACUGAUUCAUGUGCUUUAACCGCUGCAAAGUUAAAGUACCAAAUAAUCAUAAUCAGCCCACUGGAGAGUGACCGUCGUGUGGUUAAACAUAAACCUAGUUUAGACUUAAUUUGGUGAGUUCCCUUCAUCAUGAGGCUCAGACAUGUUUUUCAGCUCCAGACUCCAAAAAAAACAGCUGAGAAUCUUUAAUUAUUAUAUUAAUUCCAACUAUAACAACAGUUCAAACCCCAAACCUUUAGUGUGAUAUUAAUAUCAGUAAUAUAGUGUCAUAAUAUUCUUGACUCUGUAGUGUCAUCCUGUUAUCAUUCCUUCAGUGUCAUAUUACUAAAGUUGUGGCUUGUCAACUUUCCUCCUGCUGUGUGUGAAGUUUCCAUGGAUACAGGUGACACAGGUGAAGUGAGUGUGACGAGAUAACAAACGGACCAAUCAGCUGUCAGCCUGAGACUCAGGGUGUUUCCUGUCAGUUGGUAAUGAUCCAUAUAUAUAUAUAUACAUAUAUAUGUAUGUAUACUCAUGUAUUUACAGUUAAUCCAUGAACCGACCAGUUUGACUGUAACUGACCUGCUGUGACCUCAGUCAUGUUCCUGUCCGUUGCAGCGCCCCCUGCUGCUCACUGUUAACUCGUGAUGGUUUAAUAAAGUUCUCUUUGAACAGUC